UUAUAAAUUAAUGUCGGAUCUAACCGACUUGUGAAAUGUGGAAGUGUGUGGGAUUAUUGCUCUUUUUAGGGCAAUGGAUUUUAGUAUCCUCAGAACCAGUGACAACCGACGAAGAAAUAUCCCGAUAUGUCCGAAAAGCAGGAGACUGUUGUCCAUGCCCUACAUCACGACAUAGUGAUACGGACCUUAGUGCAUCGGAAAAUGUUAACACCAUGACCUGUCCUUGUAACUCACGCAAUGAUGAUUCAGACACAGCAUCAUCUAUUUUUUCACCAGUUUUCAGCGCCACAAAGUCUUUUGCAAGACAAAUUGAAAAAAAUGGAGAAUUAAAGCCACUUCUUGAACCAGAAGUUGAUCUUGCGUCAUCUGUAUUAGAAACUUUACGGCAAGCUACUGAAGAAGAAUAUAAAGAAGCGCUCGCUCGAGAUGCUGCAAGAAGUGCAAUACAAAGCUUAGACCCUGAUGCGUUGAUGGAUGAUGUAGUCGCUAUAGUCAGUCCAGCAGAUGCACGAGAAAGCAUGGAUAUGGAUACCGUUCCAGAAGCAUCUAAUAAUCAAGAAAGUAGAUGUGUUUAUCCUUCAUCUGGCGAUUAUGGUAAUAUUAAUAUUCUAGGCAGAAGUUCAUUGUCUAGCUUAAGUAACUCUUUGUCUGGACCAUUAGAUUUAAACUAUGCGCCAAGUAACUUAUAUAACAAUUUAAAUAUACCCAAUACAUUAGAAUUACCUGGAAGGACCCUUCAAGCGUUUCCUUUUUCUCCUAGUGGAAAUCGAGGUCGUUUCCUCCCAUUUAAUAGACUGAAUCCCUUUACAAUAAAUACACGACAACCUGCACUUAAUAUAAGACAGUUAUUAAAUGCACGAAGGCCUUUAGAUUUGGAUAAUCUUAUGAACUUGAGAGAUGUUGAACUUAUUCCUCCACGAAAAGUAUCAAUUGCGAGAAAACCUACGACUAUGCAUCCUGAAGAAAUUGCUUAUAAAAUGAAAAAUCCUAUUUUUGAACCUGCCAUUGAUGCAAGCAAUAAUGUUCUGAGCAAGAUUCAAAACAUAGAAAAUAUUGAUGAUACGGGAGAUUGUUCACCUGAAAGAAGUAAAUUGAAUCAAAAUAAUAAUAUUCAUACCAAAAUUUUAAAUAAUAUACCAUCACCACAAGAAUCGAAUAUUGUUCAAAGCAAUUUUGAUAAACAGCAAACUUAUGACAGUCAAAAACAUAUAGUGCCCGAACACAAUAAUUAUUUAGUGCCGCAAACUGAAUGUCUUGAUAAAAAUCCGUCUCUGGGUGGUAACUCCCUCCGGGAACACGAUCCCUUAACUGGUGAAAGUCGUAACAGCAUAAACAUGCUAACAUCACCAAAUGAGUCAAAUAUGGAAAAUAAUGUUAAACCUGAAACUAAUUAUCUUUCUCAGCAAAAUUAUGUGAGAGAAGUUUCCUCUGCAUCAGAAGAUGGCACUGGUACACAGCGUUCCAAUGGUAUAUCAUCCAUAAAAUAUGACGUGUUAAAAACAUUGGAAGAUUUUAGACAAGCUAAUACCAUGAUGCAUGAAAAUUUACGAUCUAGCUUAGAUAAUGUAUUAAAUGUUGAUAAAAAAGGAAGCGCUAUUGACGACAAACAUUUUCCUAAUAGCAUAAUGGAUAAACAUGUACAUUUGAAAGAAGACCGUUCAAGUGCUUCAUUCAAAGAUAAUCUUAGCAUGGAAGAUUUACAACAUAUGUCUGACAAGAUACUUUUAAAGAAUAAUGAUGUAGAAAGCACUCAAAAAUCAAAUGAAAUCUCUCAUGAUAUGAAGCAAGACGUUCGCACAGGAAUGAAUAUUAAUGAACAUUAUAGAACACCCGCAAAUGUUGAAGAAAGUAAUAUUGAUCUUCAAAGAGAUUCGACGAAUCUUGAAUGUGUCAUACACGAUGAUACAAACAGUAGUCCACAACGGUUGUAUAAAGACAGUAAUGAAAUGAAUGUAGCAGCAAGUGAACCUAUCAAUACCAGUUAUAGAUCAAAUCAAUAUUCGUAUAAUAUUCCAAAUAGAAAAAAUAAUUUCAGAAAUCCGAUGGUAGAGGACCCUUUAGAAGAUAUAAAUCUUGACAUAUUUCAGUAUCAACCAACUUUAAAAGAAAAGGAUGGUGUAAAGCAACUUCCAUUACCUAAAUUUAACAUGAAAUCUUAUAAAACACAAUUACCCAUUCCAAAUUCCUUAGAUUUAAAACCUGUCAAAUUACAAAAGUCAUUCCGAAAAGGUAGUAACAUAUUAGGUGCUACUUUAACAAUGAAACCACAUGCAACACAAAGGUCUUUUGGAUUAAAAAAAAAUAAAAUGAGGUCUCCAGAAACUGAACCCAAUGGUUUAGGAAUACCAGACAUUGAUGAGAUACGAUCUUUUUUAGAAAACAAUGUUCCAAACAUUUUAAACUUACCUCUCCUGGGCGUUGGUUCCGAUAAUAAUUGUGAAUAUCCAUCAGGCAUGAGAUCAGAUAUUACAAAUAAUAAUCUAAGGUCAUUUAGGGAAGAGACAAUAACAAAUGUUCAAGAAAGUUUAGGUAAAACUUUCAAAGAAGCUAAAGGAGGAAAUAGUAGAUAUUCUCCACUGCUAAGAGAUACAGUUUUAAAUCCUACUGAUAUUAUUGAAACAAUCGAUGAAGCGCAUGAAAAUGCUAAUAAUAAAUUACGUAAUUUCCAAGCAGAUUUAAAUGAUAGACUAAAAAAACUUCAUCAAAGUUUAAUGAGUCGGUCAAGAACUCCAUCGUCAGUCUUUCAACAACGCGAACGCACAGCGUAUCUUGAGCCAAACAGAAUAAAUAAAAAAUACAAUCCAAAAACAUCAUUAUCUAUUAAUUCAAGAGACAACACAAACAAAUCUACAUUAAGAUCUGUAUUAGAUAAAAAUGAUAAGUCAAGACUGUCUUCUUCAAAACAAAAUCCCUCACUUUCAUCUCCAAGUUCUCGUGCUUCAAAUGGCAUUUCAUCAAGUAGACCUAUAACGACAAACAAGGGAACUGACAAUUUACGUUUCGGACAAAAAGUAGAUUCAAAACGGCCGCUACCUUUACACGAAAGAUUGAAGUUAGCAAGAGAAAGCAAGGGAAUUAUUUCUUUCACUACUACAAAGAGACCACCAACAGUGGAAUCGUUGCCGAAAAUUAAACCGUUGUCUUCUCGAAAUCCCAUAGAGUUACCAAAAAAAGAUACCCGACCAAAUCAAUCAAGGUGGGUUUUACCGGAAUCGAAUUCUUCAGCAAGAAAACAAACAAGCAGGGAGCCAAAAACUUCUCCCAGUGAAAUUACCUAUACGAAAACACUACCUAAAACAUCAUGCGAUGAAAAUAAUGUUCAAACAUUAGGUGAAUCACAAGGUAGAAGUUCAGGGUCAACGACAGGAACGAGUCCAAGAAGGUCCAAUAAAAAAUCUGCCUUGCCUAAUAUUGCUGAAAAUGCAUUCUUAUCGAAGGUGAAAGAAGCUGUGUCUCCUAAGCAUUUAACGCGCCCGCUUUCAAGAAACAACAACUAUGAUAUACCUUCUAACGAUGAUGUUAUUCCAUCUCCUUCAGAAGUCCAAAGAUUAAAUAUUGAACCAUCUAAUGUUAAUGGAAUAUCAUUCGAUUGCAAAAUGGUUUGCUCGAAGAAUUGAGAAGCGAUUGAAAAAUAGUAUUUAGUAUUUUUUGUAUAAGUUGUAAAUAUUUAUAUUUAGUUGAACAGAAUAAAAGUACGUAAUA